AUGGUAACAGUAUCUCUCGACCGCUUGCAGAUUCCCUUCUAUGGCCUUGUGGCCGGCGCUUUUCUGACCAUUUGGUUGUUUGUCAAAAGCAUCCAAGGUUUUCGAAGAUGGAGCCACGCUCGUGCGAACGGUUGCCAACCCCCUGCACACUCGGUAUGCCAUAGCAUAUUUGGGAUUGGCAUGAUCAUAGAGCUAGCCAAAGCUGGCCCCGAGCACAGGUUUCUUGAACUUAUUCGCGGCUGGCAUCAAAGCUACGGUCCUACAUUCAAAGCGAGGAUCGCCCAUCGAAGGGUCAUUUUCACUUCCGAACCACAGAACAUUCAAGCGAUGCUUGCCCUAAAAUUCGAAGACUUCUCAGUGGGUUCAACUCGUCGGCAUGCCUUACGUGCAUUCCUAGGGGAAGGCAUCUUCGGCGUAGACGGUAGCGCGUGGGAACAUUCGCGAGCCAUCCUCCGCCCUAGUUUUUCACGCACUCAGAUCAACGACACUGAAUUAUAUGAGAGUCACGUUGUCAGUCUCAUUGAGCAAAUUCCGCGAGACGGUUCAACCGUCGAUUUGUUGCCGCUGUUCUUGAAAAGCACAAUUGACACGGCUACCGAGUUCUUGUUCGGAGAAUCUACGCACACGCUACGCAAAGAAGGGUCUUCCAGAGGUGCAGAAUUUACGAAGGCUUUCGAUACAAUUCAAGAUGUGAUUUCCCUGCGCUUCCGCGUUGGGGGUAUGGCGAAUUUGUACCGCAGGAAAGCAUUCUACAAAGCAGUAGCCAUUGUCCGUGCAUAUGUCGAUAAGUUUGUACAGAAAGCGAUCGAUUACCGUGUCGCAGUUGACAGCGGGCGCAAGGUUGAUCAAGAUAUUAAGCAGUUGACUGACAGUCGAUAUGUGCUUUCCUAUGAGCUUUCAAAGGAGACACUUGACAAGACCAUCAUGACAGACCAGCUGUUGAGUAUUAUGUUUGCUGGCCGCGAUACCACUGCCAGUUUACUUAGUGUUGUGUUCUGGAUUUUGGCCAGAAGGCCCGAUGUGUGGGACAGACUUCGAAAAGAAGUCCUUGCUUUAAACGGAGAAAAGCCACCAUUUGAAGUCCUCAAAUCGAUGACUUACCUGACCUGGGUCCUCAAUGAGACUCUACGUCUGUACCCCACCGCCCCUUUUAAUCUACGAGAAGCAACGAAAGACACAUAUCUUCCCGUCGGCGGUGGUUUGGAUGGAAAGUCUCCCAUUCACAUACCCAAGGGUCACGAGAUUAUCUUCUCUGUAUACACAAUGCACCGCGAAAAUGAGAUAUAUGGACCCGAUCCGGAUGAAUUCCGGCCUGAGAGAUGGGAGCAUCUCAGACCCGGUUGGGCGUACCUCCCUUUCAAUGGAGGUCCUCGGACCUGCAUAGGCCAGCAGUUCGCAUUGACAGAGACCGGAUACACUAUUGUUCGCAUUAUGCAACAGUUUGAGUCAAUUGAAACUCGGGAUCCGGAUCCCUGGGUAGAACAUCUAGGAUUGACAUUGGCAAACGCUAAUGGAACGAAGGUCUCUUUUACGCCUGUGAAGAAUUGA